AUGUGGAGAAAGAAUUCGGCUAUCUUAUUUGUCACGGCGGCCGCCAUUUUGGCGGCUUUUGUCGGCAAAGGCUCGGCUGCCGGAGAUGAACAUUUUAUAGGUACAAAGGGCAGUCAAUUUGUGGUCAACGGGCGGCCGUUUUAUUUCAAUGGCUUCAACUCGUAUUGGCUAAUGUAUAUGGCGGCGGACCCCACGACUCGGGAAAAGGGUUUGGAUUUCGUGGUGUCGGAGGCGAAAAAGCACGGGAUUUAUUUGAUAUUGAGCUUGGUGAACAAUUGGGAAGGUUUUGGAGGGAAAAAGCAGUAUGUUCAAUGGGCUAGAGAUCAAGGCCAGCAAGUGAACAACGAGGAUGAGUUUUUCACUAAUCCUAUAGUUAAAGGGUACUACAAAAAUCAUGUUGAGGCCGUGCUAACAAGAAACAACUCAUUUACUGGGGUAGCCUAUAAAGAUGAUGCCACCAUAUUAGGUUGGGAGCUCAUGAACGAGCCUCGUUGCCAAUCUGACCUCUCUGGAAAAUCCAUUCAAGAUUGGGUAGUAGAAAUGGCGGCCCACGUAAAAUCAAUCGACCCGAACCAUCUCGUCGAGAUCGGGAUGGAAGGAUUCUACGGCGAGUCGACACCCGAAAAGAAACAAAACAAUCCCGGCUUCCAAGUUGGCACCGACUUCAUCUCGAACAACCUUGUCCCGGAUAUCGACUUCACCACAAUCCACAUCUACCCCGACCAAUGGAUGCCGAGCUCGAGUGAUGACGAGCAAGACGAGUUUGUGGAAAAGUGGGUCAAAUCGCACGUAGAUGACUCGAAGUUGGUGCUCGAGAAGCCGCUACUAGUAACGGAGUUCGGGAAGUCGUCGAGAUCGUCGGGCUACGAUGUGGGAGUGAGGGAUAGGUAUUUCGGGAGCGUUUUUAACGACGUGUUUGGGUGCGCGCGGGACGAGGGCCCGUGCGGUGGGGCGCUAUUUUGGCAAGUGAUGGCUAAGGGGAUGGAGAAUUGGAGUGAUGGGUACGAGGUUGUCUUGGAACAAAGCCCGUCCACCGCUGCGGUUGUUUACCAGCAGUCGCGUCAAAUUUCUUCUCUCAAUUGAGCGAUUUUAUAUGAAUGAAGUAGUGUUGUUUCCCAUUGUUAAUUAAUGUGGGCCUUGAUGAUUAAUUUAAUUGAGAAUUCAUCAAUUUGGGUAAUG